GAUAUUUAUUUCCAAUCAGAUCCAACUGACAGUGAGUGAAGAUGGCAUAGUGACUGUGGUGGAACCGGGCGGUGGCAAACUCGUGGACAAGGAAGAGCUACAUGAAGCCAUCAAGAUGCCUGGCACUGAUCAUACCCUCACCGUGCAUCAGUUGCAACAAAUUGUAGGACAACAGGUACUAGACAGCGUAGUACGUAUUGAGCAAGCCACAGGCGAGCCUGCCAACAUUUUAGUUACGCACAAUCCUGAUGGCACCACCUCUAUUGAAGCCAGUGCUGCUGAUCCCCUCAUUGUCAAAGACGAGAAGAGCGCUGCCAAAAUGGAGACCGCGCAGUUCGCUAUACCUGCCGAAAUCAAGGACAUUAAAGGGAUUGAUCUAAAGAGUGUGGGUAUGGGCAUGGAAGGUGCAGUCGUGAAAAUCUCAGCGGGCGCGUCCGAGCACGAUCUUCAUGCUAUGUAUAAAGUGAAUGUCGAGGACCUUUCGCAGUUACUAGCGUACCAUGAGGUCUUUGGCAAACUUAAUGCAGAAGGUCAACCACAGAAUAAGGUUAUCUCGGAAGUGGAAGUGGAAGCCGGUACGAGCGCUGCUAUGACCGAAGAGUCGUCACCAGGACACCACUCUUGCGACCUUUGCGGAAAAAUAUUCCAAUACCGCUAUCAACUUAUUGUACACAGGCGGUAUCACGGCGAAAACAAACCGUUCACGUGUCAAGUCUGCGGAUCAGCGUUUGCUAACCCCGUUGAACUAUCCAAACACGGGAAGUGCCAUCUUGCCGGAGACCCAGCCGAAAGGCACGCCAAGAGGAUGACCCAAGACAAGCCGUAUGCGUGCACUACUUGCCAUAAAACGUUCUCUCGUAAGGAGCAUCUUGACAAUCACGUCCGCAGCCAUACUGGAGAAACUCCCUACAGAUGCCAGUUCUGCGCAAAGACGUUCACACGCAAAGAACACAUGGUGAACCAUGUACGCAAACACACGGGCGAGACACCUCACCGCUGCGACAUUUGCAAGAAAAGCUUCACGCGAAAAGAACAUUUUAUGAACCACGUCAUGUGGCAUACAGGUGAAACGCCGCAUCAUUGUCAAAUAUGUGGCAAGAAGUAUACUAGGAAGGAGCAUUUAGUGAACCAUAUGCGUUCGCAUACGAACGAUACCCCGUUCCGCUGCACGCUCUGUGGGAAGUCCUUCACGAGAAAGGAGCACUUCACCAACCACAUACUGUGGCACACGGGUGAAACCCCACAUCGAUGCGAUUUCUGCUCAAAGACGUUUACUCGCAAAGAGCAUCUACUGAACCACGUCAGGCAACAUACAGGCGAAUCGCCGCACCGCUGUAACUUCUGCUCUAAGUCAUUUACGCGGCGAGAGCAUCUUGUCAAUCACGUGCGACAACACACCGGAGAGACACCCUUCCAGUGCGGAUAUUGCCCCAAGGCUUUUACCAGAAAGGAUCAUCUCGUGAACCACGUCCGCCAGCACACGGGUGAAUCUCCUCACAAGUGCACGUACUGCACUAAGUCGUUCACCCGCAAAGAACAUCUGACCAAUCACGUGCGUCAACAUACCGGCGAGUCUCCGCAUCGGUGCACCUAUUGCGCAAAAUCCUUUACACGAAAAGAACAUCUUACUAAUCACAUCAGACAGCACACGGGCGAAACGCCACACAAGUGUACGUACUGCCCGCGCGCGUUCUCGCGCAAGGAGCACCUCAACAACCACCUGCGGCAACACACCGGCGAUGCGCCGCACACCUGCUCCUACUGCAACAAGAGCUUCACGAGAAAGGAACAUCUUGUUAAUCACGUGCGACAACACACCGGCGAGACGCCAUUCAAAUGUACGUACUGCUCGAAGUCGUUUUCGCGCAAGGAGCAUCUGACAAACCACGUGCAUCUGCACACCGGUGAAACACCGCAUAAGUGCCCCUUCUGCACCAAGACAUUCUCGAGGAAGGAGCAUCUUACUAAUCAUGUCAGAAUACACACCGGCGAAUCUCCGCAUCGCUGUGACUUUUGCCAGAAAACGUUCACGAGGAAGGAGCACCUCACUAACCAUCUGAAGCAGCAUACUGGCGACACGCCACACUCGUGCAGAAUCUGCUCUAAACCUUUCACGCGUAAAGAGCAUCUUAUUACGCAUAUGAGGUCACACAGUUGCGGCGAACGACCGUACAGCUGCGGCGAAUGCGGCAAGUCGUUCCCAUUGAAGGGUAAUCUGCUGUUCCACGAGCGCUCCCACAACAAGGGUGGUGGUGGCGCAAGGCCUUUCCGUUGCGAUAUUUGCUCCAAGGACUUCAUGUGCAAAGGGCACCUGGUAUCGCAUCGGCGAACUCAUACUGGGGAAAAUGAAGGACCCGAUCCACCUACAGAGAGUGAAGAUUGCGGCGACCCCAUCAAGUGUGAGAAGGAACCAGUUGAGCGGAAGCCUGAGAUCAGAACGGCUACGGAAAAUCGGCCAACUGAGCAACCAAAUGUCGCGCAGCAACAGCAACAUCAACCGCAACCAAGUAGUGCACAACAGCAGCCUACCGUGAUGCAAAUAACCACCCAGCAAGUCCGCCCACCCCCACCUGCAAGCAACGCGAGCGUUGUUCCCGGCACGUUCACACAUACAGCGACCGCCCAGCACCACGCCAGCGGCACGGCGAUAGCGCACCAUCCUGUCACCGUGAAUUACUAGCAAUCAACCCCCGACGAGCAGACUUGCAUAGUCUUCAUGCCCAGCUGAUCCAUUGAGGAGGCACUCAUAUGCCCACCUCAAACUGCCGACUUCUGCUACGCACAUACCACGGUUACUGAUCUAAACAUGCCCCUUUUUAGCGAGGUUAACAGUGAUAAAUGAAUUGUACACUGGUCUUAUAACGGCUUGUAGUGUUAGUAGUGUUCUAAGCUAAAGUUGAAUAUUCGCAAAAAGAUUUUUAGAUUUUACGAUUAUUAUUACGAUUUUAGCUCAGAACGCUAUGAUUGUUCAUUCAGAUUGAGAUAAUUUUCGUCAUCUAUUUAGUGUAAAUUAUGAACCAUUUAACUUUCUCAAGUGUCUGUGACAUAGUAGAUAUAUUACUGAUAGAUAUUGAAGUAUUUUCAGAACCCACCACUGAAUCAUGUUCAAAGUUAAUAACAGUUCUACCACUGGUAUUUAUAACUUAUUCAAUGAGUGUUCAACAAAUAUUUCAUUUUAGUGGUUACCAGAUUUUGGCUGAUAUUUUCAACUUUUACUGCAUGCUGUAAAUAGUUUUAAGGACUAUUUUCUUGGUGUUCAAUUAAUGGAAUUAUGAUAAAAUAAUAGCAGCUUUUUACACAUUCCUUCUUGGCCACACAUUCAUAUCGAGUUCUUUUAUAUUUUUAGAGUAUUGUGGUAAGAGUCCCUUGUGAUAAAUUGUUUGCUUUUACAGACAAAAACCAAAAACAACCAUGCCAUGUCUCAUACUAGUAAUCUAUGGUUAACUAUGAAAAGGGUGUAAGGAAAUUAAGAAAACAGGGACCAUAACGAAGCGAGAGUGUAAUGAAGAGUGUAUUUUCUUGCAGUUUCCCAGGGAUUACUAUAUAAAUUAAUUAUGGUCGUGUUUAAAAUAAAAUGUAGUUUUAUAAAAUCGUGGGCUGAUUUAUGUUGCCCCAAAUCAAAUUGUAGUAAUUGAUUCACCUUAGUUAUAUUUAGUUCAUCUUUGCCAUUUAUGUACAGUACAAGAGUGAUAAAAAAUAAACUUGAUUAAUCAAUAGAUUGUAAUUUUGGUGGCUGUAUUGCUUAGCUUAGCGGAACUACCAUCGCGAGAAGUGGUGUUAUAAUCACUUCUGUGAUUACUAUAACACGGCUUGAACGUUAUUAUAGCUUGUAUUUACUGUACAUAGUUAAUUCUGUAGACGUACCCUGUAGCCGAUAAGACUUAAUGAAUGGAAUAUAUCAAUGGUUCGAUAAAUUUAAAUGCGAUUUUGAAUCGUAUCAUGUCAUGGUAGUAUUUUAUUUGUCGUUUUUAGGUGCGAUGUUCCAUUGAAGUAACUUAUACCGAAAGCCAAUUUUAACUUAUCUUCAAUGGUGCCACGCUAAUUUAUAUUUUUUAGACAAAUCUAAAUCCUUAGACACAAGUCUGUACUAAAAACCUAAUUUAUG